AUGAGUGUGCAAAAGAUGAUGAACAUUGGUUUGAACAUGGAUGAGAACACAACAGGGGAGGAUGUUGAACACAACACUAAGGUAUCCCUACAUGUUGAUGAUGUUGCUGUUCUUUGUGAGGUGAUGUUUUUCAUUGUGAUCUUGAAGCAUCUGAUAAUGAUUUCCAUAUCUCCCACUCCCAAUCAGAUGACACUAUUUAGAGCUUUGACAUUGGAGGAUAUAACAAGCAAUGAUGAUGUUGGUGUUACUGUGGUUGACCCUGAUGAAACUAUGCCAGAGUAUGAGGGUUUUACCAUAGAUGAAAAGGAACUGGAAAAUGCUAAAGGAGGUGGUGGAAUAGAUUUUGACAAGCUUGAAUUGCCUAGUUCCCCAUCAGUUUCCACACAUGCUAGUAUUAGAAGGAAUGCAUCCCUUCAAAAUUUUUUACCUUUUAUCACGUGUUUGAUAUGUUUCAGGAGAUUUUACACAGUUUGUGAUAAUUUUGUUUUGGUUUUUGUUGGGUGUGACAAGAGUUUAAGGAAGUGCACAUUUCAUGGACUAAUCCUGAGCAGUUUCAAUCUUAAUGGAUCCAUACAACCCAUGACUUUUUCUGUUGAUAUCACAGCAAUGUAA